AUGAGCAACAACCCUCCAUGGCUGGAGAAUCUUACAGACGACUGGGUGCCAGUCCCUGCACCUGGAACUCCUGGAACGCCCGGCACUCCCACCAGUCCAAUCCUAUCCCGAUCAUUCACCCAUUCCCGACGGUCUAGCCUACAAAACUCUCCUAGUCGCAUUCCUGUUCCCGCGCGUCGCUCCGUCGGCCCUUCUCUUGAGUCUUUCAGGAAGAAAGUUUCCAGACCGUGCCACUUCAUCAAACGAGAGCCGCCUACACCUAAGACCCCUCGUACCCCCAAGACCCCCUCCAAGCUGCGAUCGCCGCUCCCUCCCCCGGAGAAGUCCAACAAAAGCAGUCCGAAACCGAUCCCGAAUCCGCCCUCGCUCCGGAAACAGUCGUCUGCCAUGGACACGAGGUCGCCGUUGCGAUCGGUUUCGAACGUCUCCGGUGAAUCAGAGCAACAAAGCACGGUUCAAGUUAGACCAAAGAAGGGCAAGGGCAAGGAAGGCACGCCAGAAUGGAGGAGAAGACUGGUGCAUGGAAAUAUCGCCGCCGGGGAGCAGCGGGACUUGUUUGCGCCGAUCGGGCUGGAGAGUGUUUUCAAACCUCCGACCCCGGGCACUGAAAAGACGCACGAGGAGGCGCUAUCGCGAUUGAAACAGUCAGACAGUAUGUGGCACUUUACGACCCCACUAGGAUCACCAGGAUCACCAGGGUCAACAGGGUCACCGGGGUCACCAGGAUCGCCAGGGUCGCCAGAUUCGCGCAGUAGGACGCUAUCCAUGAGCAAAGAAUCGAAGCGAUCCUCACCAGAAGACAGCGAACACCUCGACGUUUCCUUCGCCGACAUACAACAAAGAACUGCAAGCGGCAUAGAGGAUUUGCGCAACGAAGAUAUAACACCAAUCACGUUCACAGGCACGAACACAGUUGAUGGACAGACUACGUCGGAGGUCAUCAAAUCGGCACUGAAACAGGUGACAAACAAGCUCGAGAGACUACACCUUUCACCCUGGGACCGACCGGAAUCUCGAGCGAGUGACAGCCUGUUGAUUCACCCACAGCCAGAAAUCGCGGUGGAUACCAUGCCGGAGGAUGACUUGCUUGAUGUCACGAGUCAUUCUUUACCAAAAGACCUCUCCAUGGGGACGCUAGAUUACCGGGGAAGAGGAGCCUUCGCAAACUUGCGGAGGGAUGAGGAUGUGAACGAAGGUUCUUUCCAAAGAAUCCGUCUCUCCCCGCCCACCUUCCCCUCUGAGCGACUCUCACCGUUUCUUCCUGCCAGCUCCAGAAUCCGAAGCUCACCCCCAUUCUACCAAAAACCCAAUCCUUUAGCCGACCCACCGACGCUCCCUAGGCCCUCAUCUGCCCAUGUUGGGGCGUCGAAGCUCUUGCAAUCCAGUGCCGAUCACUUGAAACCAGAAGCCAUGCCCCCCUCUGGAAGCCCGCUCAAGCUCUUUGGAAACCAUGAUACCUUCACCAACAACCGUCUUUUGCGCAGGAUGAGCCAGUUCGAAGAGACAUUUGGGGGUAUGUCCGAGGAUGAUGAACCAGACUCACCAUCAGAGGAAGCUCGACGCAAGGGCGAAGGAAGAAGUUUUCUUACCGUGAAUCAUGAGGUUCUGGGUGAGCCAUCUUCACGGCGACAUGAAAGACCGCGGUCGCGCAAUACCCCCACCCCCCGUAUCAACAAGUUUGGUGACGGCCAGCUGGACAAUUUUGACUUUUCCGACACAAGUCCGUAUGAACCCAAAUUCCUGAAUAGUGAGAUAGUGGAGUCUACUCAAGAACCGCCACGACGACAAUCCGUUGAGCGAAGAUUUCUUCGGCGCCGCUCGUAUAGACAGAGCAGCCAUAGCUCUGACUUCAACAAGUCGAACAGAGGCUCGAGGUCUACAGCUUUGUCAGACAUCACCUCAAGUUCCAAGGCUAUAAGAAACCAAGGGCUGGCAAGAGUAGAGGAGAUGUACCCGUCAGAGACCGAUACAACGCCGAACACGCCUGCCAAAGACCCCACCCCCAAGAGGCGCAGAACCUUCCUUAGGUCUUACAACUCGAGACAAGAUCCUGCUGAAAGUACCGCUCAGGAUCCAGAUAAUAUGUCCUUGCUCCAGCGGAGCUUGGCUCAGCAAGGAGUGAGAUGUGAUGAAGGUCAGGAUCAUCAAAUCUCACUCCAUUCCAGACCGUCCUCUCGACCGCGAACUCCACCCACAAGUCAAGGGCGGUCUGCUUCACGAAAAAGGCCGUCAUCAGGCAAGGCUUACUCGCGGGCUGGGUAUUCCGAUUCCAUUGACCUAGGCUCUCCCGAGGACAGCGCAAUACCCAUGGUAAGAGUGAAUGGUAUCAAUGACGGUGGCCGUAAGGGCUCAAUCACCACUCAAGACUUCCUGAACGAAGCGACCAAGAUUAUGGACAUUAUUCGAUCCAAAGGCAGGUCCGCAGGCGGUCUGUCUAGCGUAGAGGAAUCUGACGCCGAGGCAGAUAUUGACGAAAGCGGGAGCUAUGAAGACGAAUCGACUCGAGAGGAAUUUUCGCGACCUCCAAGUCGCGAAGGGACCGACAUGCGGAGACUGAGGGAGCCUCAACAACAGAGCCCACGAAUCCUGAGCCAUCUCAAGAAGUUUCAGGAGGUUGAUGACCAUGAGUUUGGUGUCAACGCAUCCGCCAUGUCUCUGAAUCUGCACCAAGACCAAGAUCACCCGAAUGAGAACGACAGCGAGGAUGAUGACCUGCCCGAACUUUUGACUAUCAAUACGCAAGUAUCGUCCAAGAGCCUCAGUGCGCGCUCAGUCCCCACCGGCUCUUCACAGAGCUCGCAUGCGAAGGGUGUUCUCUCAUCCGAUAUCGUCUCGCGACUUAUACCCGAACAGGUGAAUGGGCUGACCUAUGACCGGGACAAGAAUCAGUGGGUUCGGGAGAAACCCAAACCAACUUCCGAGAGGCCCAAGGGCGAAGAUAGUGAAGACGAUCCGUUCAAGGACAUUCCUGACCUCAGUGUUGAUGAAUUGCAAGAGAUGAUGCGAAUGCAGAGCUCUACCUCUCCCGAAAGAACAAAGGACUCUAUUCGGCUUGAGAAUGAUCACCACUCGAGUCCACUAAGCUCACCUCGUUUUUCAACAAAAUCAUCGAUGCGCCAGUCACAAUUCAGAGAUACAGGCACUUCGGUCGACGGCAGCUCAGUGCGGUCCAAAACACCCAUUAAUUCCAACGUUUCCGACUCCGAAACCAAAGCAACCUCCUGGGGUACAGACGCCCGCAAAACGAGCAAAACUAUCAGCGAGGUGGAGCAUGAGAUUCAGCUUCACGAAGGACGACUAUCGAAGCCACCUCAACGUUUGGGGAAUGGCCGCCAGCAAGCUCGUGUUGUGACAAUAAGCUUUUCGUCCCCCCUUGUCUCCCACGUUGCAUACAGCGAUGCAGAGAGUCCUGCCAAGCUUCUGCAAGCCCGAGGCAACCUUCAGCCUCAUAUGAAUUCCAACGUACCUGGCAACAGUCCUUUGGGCUUCACACAAGCUCAGAAGAGCUUAUUGUUACCCCAACCUGAAUCACCCGACAAUAAGACAUCCUUGACUCGUCAAUCGUUCACUCCUGGCAAAGGGACAAAGGAAGAGGGAUUUCCCGAGGCUCUGAGUCUGGUUCGGACAGACAUGGGGUCGAUCGAUUGGAUCUCACAGAAGAACGCGGAUACAUCGGUGGCAUGCCUCGAAAAUAAUGGCCAAGAAACAGCUCACAGUUUUCACCUUAGCUCCUUACCCGACUUCACCGUUGAUCAGAUUGACCCGUCCCUUCAUCUAGAGGUAAGCUAUGUUGCACAGCGAACUCAUCCUACGUCGCUGCGCCAGGUCCAUGGAACUUUCGCUCUGGCAACGGAAGAACUGCUUAAACAUAUUACCGAGGCGGAGCCGUGGGAGCCACACUGGGAGAACGUUCGCCGUUUGAUUCUUCGACACAAAGGCCUGAUUACACUCCAUAAACUGUGUGACUACUGCCCUUGUCUCGAAGAGCUGGACGUCUGCGGCAAUGAUAUAGGCCAAUUAAGUGGCGUGCCCCAAAGUGUUAGGAUACUCAAUAUCCAAGAUAAUUGUCUCUCCAACCUUACGGCUUGGGGCCACUUGACGAACCUGCAAUAUCUGGACGUGUCUGGCAAUGGAUUGGAGAGUCUCGGUGCAUUCAGCAAUUUGAUUCACCUCCGGGAGCUCAGAGCCAAUGACAACAACAUCAAGGACAUCAGCGGCAUUUAUGACUUGGAUGGAUUAUUAAGUUUGCAGCUCAGAAACAAUGAGCUUGAGGAGCUUGACUUUGGUCGAGCGGAGCUGACUCGGCUCGAGACCUUGGAUCUUAGCCACAACCAGCUCACGUCUAUACGCAACAUCGGCUACCUCUCAUCUCUCGCAACGGUUGACCUUCGUUAUAACAGACUGUAUGAGUUUGCUGCGUCAGCGGCUCUUUUCAACCUACUGUCGCUCAAAAUCUCGAAUAAUGUAUUGCGCAGCCUUGACAUCUCGAUGUUCCCGUCGUUGACACUCCUUUACGCGGACCAGAACUUUUUGAGUACGAUUUCCGGGCUCGCUACAUGUCACUCAUUGGAAGUCCUGUCUGCUCGAGAGCAGAUGAGUGGUAGCAGUGACGGUCUAUUUGAUAUUGACUUGGGCUUGGCGCAAGACAUACGCAAAGUAUUUCUUUCCUCUAAUAGGCUGGCACCGCGCUGUCUUGUGCCAUCCAACGCGCUUCUGAGCCUGCAGCUCCUGGAUAUUGCUUCAUGCAGCUUACAAGACCUUCCAGAAGAUUUCGCAUCGAGCUUUCCCAAUGUGGUGGUCUUGAACAUGAACUUUAACUCACUCAAGGAAAUCAACGAAUUGGUGGGCAUGAAAUGUCUCUCCAGACUGACGAUUGCUGGCAACAAGAUUACCAGACUCAGGCGUCUCUGUCAAGUCCUGGGUCGCAUCGGACGUACUAACAAAGGGAGACUCUGCUCUCUCCAGAAAAUUGAUACCCGAGGAAACCCGCUUACGCUCCGUUUCUAUCCAACUGCAGUCAUCAAAAGCGGCACAGCCAACACAAAAAAGCUUGUCAGGGAGGACCGGCCCCAGCGCAAUGCCAGCUUAGACAUCCCAUCGGCUCUAGCCGAAUUAGAGGAUUUCGACCUGAAUUCAUCGGUUGCUGUGAGGGAAGAUGAUAACACGGAUGCCAUAAAAGAACUCGAAAUCCAUGAUCCCUAUACCCUUCCAUUAGCGGAUCCGGUGGCAGACCAGAAGCACCUGUCUCACUUGGACGAGUCAACACGAUUGCGGCGCAGUAUCUUCGAACUAAUGCUUUAUGCAGCCAGUGGAGGGUCCAUCAAGAUCCUUGAUGGAUUAAAACUACGGCCGUCUCUUGAAGACGGUUCUGACAUGGACCGGGCCUGGGCCAAACUCGAAAAGCUUGGUGUGCUCCGGAAGAAGGCGAUCACGGCAUGAGACAGGCGACAUUAAUUUUGCAGGAUACGGAGUUUGAUGGCCCUUGAAGGUGGGUUGCUUUGCUACUUUAUUUCGUGUACACAUUUUUUUUUUACUCAGUGUCGAUCUUCAUGUUGGAUGGAUGGCGUCACACUCUAUUUUUGUUUGACCCAAAAGGCUUGCAUACGAGGAGUUGUGUGACUUGAGCAUUUGACUUUCGAGCGGACUACCCCCGGGCUUCUGUUGUGCAUUGCAUUUCGUUGGUACUUGUUCUAAUACAAUUCUAAUUACUCUCUCUCACCUCACUGCAUGGAC